AUGGUUCAUCACAAAGUCACAAUUAUUGGUUCUGGUCCAGCUGCUCACACCGCUGCCAUCUAUUUGGCCAGAGCUGAAAUCAAACCAACUUUAUACGAAGGUUUAUUAGCCAAUGGUAUUGCCGCCGGUGGUCAAUUAACCACUACUACUGAUAUUGAAAAUUUCCCAGGUUUCCCAAAUGGUAUUGGUGGUGCUGAAUUGAUGGAAAAAAUGAGAGAACAAUCCCAAAGAUUUGGUACUGAAAUUAUUACCGAAACUAUUUCUAAAGUUGAUUUCUCCCAAAGACCAUUCAAAUUAUGGACUGAAUUUAAUGAAGAUUCCGAACCAGUUACUACUGAUGCCGUCAUCAUUGCUACUGGUGCUUCUGCUAAGAGAAUGCACUUACCAGGUGAAGACACUUAUUGGCAACAAGGUAUUUCUGCUUGUGCUGUCUGUGAUGGUGCUGUUCCAAUUUUCAGAAACAAGCCAUUGGCCGUUAUUGGUGGUGGUGAUUCUGCUUGUGAAGAAGCUUUGUUUUUAACUAAAUACGGUUCUAAAGUUUACUUGUUGGUUAGAAGAGAUGUUUUGAGAGCUUCUACCAUUAUGCAAAAGAGAGUCACCAACAAUGAAAAAAUUGAAGUUUUGUGGAACACUGAAGCUCUUGAAGCUAAAGGUGAUGGUAAAUUGUUACAAUCUUUGAGAGUUGUCAACAACAAGACCAAAGAAGAAAGUGAUUUGAAUGUCAAUGGUUUGUUCUACGCCAUUGGUCACAUCCCAGCUACUAAGAUUUUUGCUAAUCAACUUAAAACUGAUGAAACUGGUUACAUCAUCACUAACCCAGGUACUGCCACUACUUCUGUUGAAGGUGUCUUUGCUGCUGGUGAUGUUCAAGAUAAAAUUUAUAGACAAGCUAUUACUUCAGCUGGUAGUGGAUGUAUGGCUGCUUUAGAAUGUGAAAAAUUUAUUUCUGAACAAGAAGCUUAG